AAAUAUAAUUCCAUUUUUGUUUCUACGGAAGACUCUUGUGCCUCUAUCUUUCUCUCUCUUUGUUCGUCUCUGUGAAGAAGUGCAUUAGAAUCACAUUUUUGAAUUUUGCUUUUUCAAUCUUGAGCUGCUGGGCGACUGUGUUUGUGGGUUGGUCUCAAAUUCUCAGCUUUCUUGGGUUUCUCUGAUUUUGAAUCGAAUUAGGUUGGAGUUUUGUGCUUCCAAUUGACUUACUCUACCUUGCUGAAUUCUUACCACUGCGUUGUUGAUGAGCUUACUAGAACUUUGACCCGACCAGUCAGCCAUAAGGGCGAGGGACAAGCAGGUGCAGUAAGCAUUCGGACAUGGGUUGCCUUCUGUCAACUCCAAAGGAUGCUGGUGGAAAUAGAAGAAGGCCGGGGAGUAUUGGAGAGGUUUCAGUUUAUGUUCCUGGUCUAAGAAUUCCUAAACCCGUUGAUUUUGCCCAGUCACUUGGUGAUUCUUUGUCCAAGAAUAUAGUUGAGCGUCUAUCUGCCCUCAGAACUCGUAUAGUUGUAAUGGCUGGUCAAGAAGGUCCUACAAUUACGCGGACAAAAAGAAAAAGUGCCACCCAACAUGGUGGUUCAACGUUGUCUGAUCUUCAGCAGGCUCUUGAGGACUACCUGCCUGUUCUUUUGGGAUUAGUUAAAGAUGGAAAUCACCUACAAUAUAAAGUACAAUUUGUUUGGAUUAAUCAGGAGGAUGAAGCAGAGGAAACAGCCAUGUCUAAUGCUUGGUAUGAAGUGUUGUCGGUUUUGCACUUGAUGACAACACUAUUGUUAUCACAGGCUAAUUUAUUGCUUCUUCCAAGAACAUCUUCUGAUGGUUAUCAGCCGAAAGUAUCGGAAGAAAGUAGACGAGCUUCUGUUGAUAUCUUCUUAAAGGCAGCUGGAUAUCUGGAUUGUGCUGUCAAACAUGUUCUUCCUCAAUUGCCUGCAGAGCUCAGGAGAAACUUACCAGUAGACCUUGCAGAAGGAGUUCUUCGAGCACUUUGUCUCCAAGCAUUAGGACAGGGUGUUGAUAUCCAACUUGGAAUGGCAAUUGAUAGUACCAAAGCGACUCUUGCUGUUAAGCGCAGACUUGCAUGUGAGAUGGUGAAGUAUUGGCAGCAGGCUCAAGACAACAUCAUGAAUCUUCCCUUAACUAAUGGUUGGGGUGAAAAGCAUCGUAUGUUUGUGAAAUGGAAGUAUGUUGAAGCAAAGGCAGCAGCAUAUUAUUAUCAUGGUUUGAUCCUUGACGAGGGAAACACGGAGAAGUCUCAUGGGAUGGCUGUAGCUGCUCUACAAGCAGCAGAUGAGUACUUCAAAGAAAGUAAGAGGCUGUGUGAGAUGUUCAAUGCAGCACCUCCAUUGUCAAGAAAUCCGCCGGUUUGGGGGACCAUGAAAUAUCUCUCCGAGAAAAUUCCCAAGGAUACUUCAAGCAAGGUUCGAAUAAACCGAGAUCUAUAUUCUCAUGAGAGAAUCAUGGAGACAGCACCAACAUUGCCUGACUUCGCAUUGGCCUUGAAACCAGAUGAAUAUCAGCUUCCUCAGGUGGAUCCGUCCUGGCAAGGGGAGACCAUAAAAGGGGGACAAACUGGCCCCAACAAUCUCAAGGGUGACAGUAGAUAAAACCUCAAAAAAUUUGCAUAUUUUAAAGAUUCAGAGGUUGCCAACUUAAAGCUUAAGAGGGUGAUUUUUCAGUCGUUGUCAAUAGAAAAAUGAGUUUCUUGGCUUCUCUUUCCCUUGUGCCUUUUUCCUCCCUCCUUAAUAUAUGAAAAAUGCCCAAAAAAUAGAGCUUUGAGUGGUGUCUAUAAUAUUGAUGGUCUGGUUCAGGGAAAAGGGGGUUCCUUGCCAAUACCCAAAUAAUGUUAUUGGUAUUUAUUUCAAAGUAAAGCCGGUCAAAUGCUCAAUUCGGUAAAUCCAAGUUUGCGCGAGUAAUUGUGUGGAAAGAAAGUUGACUUGAGCAGGAAUGAAGGAAUGAUUUCAUUUGCAAAUUCCCAUAACUGAAAAUUCCCUUUCCCUUCCCUUACCCCCGUUUAAAUUCCCACAUAUCCUAUCCGCUUGUAACUUGUUCCCUUUCUAUCUUGCUGUUUUGUUUUGCUCUCCUCUUAACUGUCUUGCUUCUUUCUUCUUAUUGAACAAUGGAAAAGUUUGCUCUGUACCCAAAAUUAAUAUCAUGAUCAAGAUUUUAAAGUAGUUAUAACA